UAAGGGUGUUAAUAUGUGCGUAGAAGUGGUCAUAUCCUUGUGCCAUUCUAUGACCAAAGACUAGUCCGAGCAAAGAAAAUCUCUCUCACUCGUCUCUUUUUCUUUCUUUUCUCUUGGUCAAACUUUCUUCCUUUCCAUUACCUAUUUUCUCUGUUUUCCCACACUUUAUUUUUCUCGUAUAUACAUAUAUCAUCUCCAUGCUCAUUGUUGUUACUUAAAAACGAAGAGCCAUUUAUUCUGUGGCAUAAUAAUAAUGGAGAAGAUGAUGAUGAUGGGAUUGGGAGAAACGAAGAAGUUGAGAGAGGAGCUAGUACAAGGUUUGGAACUGGCGAGACAGCUCCAAAUCCAUCUUCACGUGGCUUCCACUCCCCAUGAAACCCGUGACUUGUUGAUCCAAAACAUUAUCUCUGCUUUUGAAAACGCCCUCCACAUCCUCAGAUGGACACCGCCACCCGCCGCCGUGGACCCCUCAAUCUCACCUGCAAUCAGAAUGUCCCAAGAGUCUCCACCUUUGAGCACCGGCAGCCCCCGCAGCGAAGACUCCGAUAGAGAUUUAAGGGAUCACGAUCCCAAUGCUUCCAAAAAAAGGAAGAGUUUGCCAAGAUGGACAAAACAGAUUCGAGUUGGUCCGGGAAUGGGAGUGGAAGGGCCUCUUGACGAUGGAUACAGUUGGAGAAAAUACGGCCAGAAAGACAUUCUUGGAGCCACCUAUCCAAGAGGGUACUAUAGGUGCACACACAGAAAUGUUCAAGGAUGCUUGGCAACAAAGCAAGUGCAAAGAUCCGAUGAAGACCCCAACAUGUUCGAAAUCACAUACCGAGGAUCACACACAUGCACCAUGGCUUCAUCAUCAUCCAACAGUGCUUCACUUCCUGCACCCACAACUAGUCCAAGGAACCCAAAUAAUAAUGUUCUGCAAAGCCUUGACCAACAACCACCUAUGAUGAAUGAAUUACUCUUGAACCUCAGGGCAGGGUUGAGGGUCCAAACAGAGAAUCUGGAUAACUGUUCUUCCUUCAACUUCCCUAGUAAUUCAAACCAUGUUUUCUCAUCACAAACACCACCACCACAACCUCAACCUAUGCUUGGUGAUAAUAAUUUUCCUUCCUAUAUGUCCCCUGCUACUUCUGGGAUAAGCCAAUUCUCAAUGUCUUCUGGGAAUCAGAUCAAUGAUAUGAUCUCUGCUUCAAAUUCAAACUCACCAACCGUUGGAUUAGACUUUUCCUUUGACCAAUUUGAUUUGGACGGUCAUAACAACUUCACAUUCGGUAACCCACAAUUUUUUCCUUAGUUUAAGUUUUUAGAAGGAAUGAUUUUGACUAUUCAUAAUUCUGAGAAGUAGUGAAUAAAAAUUAAGAAAUUAAAAUAAUAUAGAGUUGCUUUUUUUUUUUUUAUCUGCUAUGAAGUUGCAGACUUUUCUGGCUUCUAGGAAGGAAAAACAUUGUAUUUCCAUGUAUUUGUUUUUAAGAAUCUUUAACUACUUGUACCUUAAGAAUAUAAUGUGAAAUAUAAUUCUAAUAUUAUUUUGUUCUAA